AUGGCGAGGAAAUGCUCAGCUCAAGGGCUGAAGAAAGGCAAGCAAACACAGUUCCUCCUUGUGAAUCAGGCAGAUCUAAAAGGAGUAGAACAAGCAGAGGAGAAAGCAGAUCCCCAAUCAAAGAAUCAGGAUCAAGUCGAGGGAAUCCGUCCGGAGGUCUCUCCUGAAGAAGGAUGGAAGCCCAAAAAGGACGUUGAGCUAGUACCCCUUGAUCCUGACAAGCCAGAGAGAAAAGCGUGGAUUGGCUCGCGCCUAAGCCAGGAGGAAAAGGCAAAGCUUGCAGCCUUCCUCCAGAACAACAAAGAUGUAUAUCCAUGGUCGCCAUCCGACAUGCCUAGCAUCGAUCCCCAGAUCAUCUGUCAUCGCCUACACGUCAACCCAAUUAUCAAGCCUAUAGCACAUAAGAGACACAACUUCGCCCCCGAGCAUGUUGCCAUCAUUGAAGCCGAGAUCGACAAGCUUCUAGCUGCCAGUUUCAUUGAAGAAGUCUCCUACGUAGAAUGGCUGGCGAAUGUUGUUCUAGUAGCAAACAAAGAUAAAGGCCUGUGGAGAGUGUGCGUCGACUAUACCGACCUCAACAAGUAA